GGAGGAGCAGGUUGGGUGAGCGUCUCAGGUGAAACUCAGACUCACGAUUGGAUCCACCUGUUCACAUCUCUCAGGCACCGAGAGGGACCACAUUUACUCCCAUUUACUCCUCUGGCUGAUUCAUCUACCUGUGACUUUAAGGAAAGAGCAAGUUCUCCAUAAGGAAGGAACAUGGAGCCUCUCCCACUUCUCUCACUGUUCCUAUUGGCAGUUGUCCAUUUUGAGCCGGGCAAAUCUCAAGAGGGAGUUCAGAGCCGCAUUGUUGGAGGACACGAUGCUUCAAAGGGAAUGUUCCCGUGGCAGGUCAGCCUGAGGUACCAAAAUAAACACGUGUGUGGUGCAACUCUCAUCAGCUUAAACUAUAUCCUGACAGCUGCACACUGCUUCCCCUCAGACCACAUAAUGAGUGAUUACUCCGUAAACCUGGGGGUCCUCGAGCUGGACGUCCCUAGCUCAGACUCCCAACUUCUAAAACUGAAGGAAAUAAAAAUCCACCCUUCCUACUCGCACGACACUUCCUCCGGUGAUGUGGCACUCGCUGCCCUCAACCCCCCUGCAGCCUUCUCCAGCGCAGUCCAACCCAUCUCUCUGCCCAGUGACAAUGUGCAGUUCCCUAUUGGCUUGACCUGCCAGGUCACCGGCUGGGGCAAUAUCCGACAGGGAGUGAGUCUCUCGGGGGCCAAAGCCCUGCAGGUGGGGAAUGUGAAGAUUAUCAGCCGUCAGACCUGCAACUGUCUCUAUCACAUCGCACCUUCCUCAGACUCUCUGGGUUCCAUCCAACAAGACAUGAUCUGCGCCGGCUCAGCAGCGGGGAGCGUGGACGCCUGUCAGGGAGAUUCCGGGGGUCCUCUCACCUGUACCGUGAAUGGUAAAUCCUACCUGGCAGGAGUAGUUAGUUGGGGUGACCAAUGUGGAGCAGCAAACAGGCCUGGAGUCUAUAUCCUAAUCUCUCUCUAUGUCAACUGGAUCAGGAGCAUCGACCCCAGUGCAACGGUCCAGUACGUCACCGUGAACAUUCCCUCUGACCCACAGAACGACGGCGGCUGCGUUGGUGCAGACGGAAAGUUUUAUAACAACCCGAAUGGAGCCUCCAUCUUUCUCGUGACCUUUGCAGCGCUGCCUUUCUAUUGGUUAACGACCUAUAUCCUGAGCGACUUCUAAAGACUGGGGCAUAAGCCACAUGGACCUAUGGAAAGGCCUCGGGCGGGUCAUUAUAUUGGGUGCACAGCCCAGACUGGAGAUGGUGGAGCAGUCACUGAAUGUUCCUCUAUGUUACAGAACAGAUUUACUGUAUGAUCAGCAGCCAAUAAAGCCUGUAGUAUCUGUCUGACAUAAA